AGGCAGAAUCUUCUAGUCUUACACCACCAUUUAUAUUACUAGUAAAAAUGAAAGUUAAGACACUGGAACAGCUCAAAGAGAUUCAACAAAAGCCUUCACAAAUCCGCAACAUUUGUAUUCUUGCUCAUGUGGAUCAUGGUAAAACCACAAUUGCUGAUGCUUUAGUUGCCAGUAAUGGAAUCAUCUCAAAAAGAAAUGCUGGGAAGAUUCGUUACAUGGAUAGCCGAAUGGAUGAACAAGAAAGAGGUAUCACCAUGAAAUCAAGUGCAAUCACUCUAGUAUAUGAGGAAUCUAAAAAAGGUAAUCACACAACAGCACCUGCACAUUUUCUCAUUAACUUAAUAGACUCACCUGGACAUGUUGACUUUUCUUCUGAGGUAUCAACCGCUGUUAGGUUGUGUGAUGGAGCCAUAGUUGUUGUAGAUGUUGUUGAGGGAGUCUGUCCUCAAACUCAUGCAGUGAUGAGGCAGGCUUGGCUUGAAAAUAUACGUCCUAUACUGGUCCUGAAUAAAAUUGACCGCCUUAUUACCCAGUUGAAGAUGGUGCCACUGGAAGCUUAUUACCGCCUUAUUCAAAUUUUAGAACAGGUCAACUUGAUAACAAAUCAGUUGUUUACAUCAGAUGCUAUGGAGAAACUAUCCCUGAACACCAACACUGAUGGAGAAACAAAGGUUGAUGGUGUUGAAACAAAUUCAUAUGACUGGACUGUCAUUGAGGAUGAAGAGGAACACAAAAAUAUUUAUUUCUCACCUGAGUUGGGGAAUGUUGUUUUCGCAAGUGCAAUUGACGGCUGGGGUUUUUCAAUUGCUGACUUUGCAUACAUGUACGCUAAAAAACUUGGAGUUAAAGAAAACAUCCUUCAGAAAACAUUAUGGGGAGAUUAUUUCAUCAACAUGAAGGCCAAAAGAAUUUCAAAAGGAGCUCAGUCUAAAGGUAAAAAGCCUUUAUUUGUACAACUGGCCUUAGAAAGUAUAUGGGCAGCAUAUGAUGCUGUCUUGGAACAAAGAGAUACUGUAAUGAUAGAAAAAAUAAUCAAGUCCCAAGAUCUGACAUUGACAGACAGAGACAAACGUCACAAAGAUCCCCGCGUGUUACUUCAGGCAAUCAUGGGGCAAUGGUUGCCUUUAGCUGAUGCAAUUUUAGAAACUGUGACACUAUGCAUUCCAUCCCCCAUGAAGAUGACUGAUGAAAGAAUUCAAGCCCUUAUGUGCAAUAAAAGUCGCCAGUUUUCUUCUUUACCAAAAUGUACUCAGGAUUUGAAAGAAAAUUUUCAAGCAUGUGAUUCAAGUUCAAAUGCUCCAGUCAUUAUUUAUAUUUCAAAAAUGUUACCUUUUGAAAAGAAAUGUCUACCUCAACAAAAAGCAAGACUGUUAACAGAUGAAGAACUUCAACUUCGUAGGGAUGAAGCUCGGAGGCGACAUGCUGAAAUGGUUGUCAAAAGAGAGCUGGCUGAGAAGGCUACAUCUAGUGCACCGAAUGAUAAUGUUAAAAUAAUUGAAGACAAUAGCAAUCCACUAGAUGACAGCAAAGAAUUUGAGAGUGAUCAUAUUUUUAUAGCCUUUGCCAGGAUAUUUAGUGGUACUAUUCGUAAAGGAGCAAAGUUGUAUUUUCUUGGACCAAAACAUGACCCUGCUGAAGCUCUCAAUGAGUUUUCCACAUUAACACCUGAAGAUCUGAUGUCCCGCUCUGACCUGCAAGCCAAGUAUCCACACAUCUCUUCUGUAGAAAUUAAAGAUCUGUAUCUUUUAAUGGGUCGAGAGUUAGAGGCACUUGAUGAGGUCUCAGCUGGAAAUGUUUUUGGCAUUGGAGGUCUAGAAACUCACGUGCUGAAGUCUGGAACCCUGGCCUCAACUGUUGCAUGCCCAGCUUUCACUGAUAUGUUUUUUGAUGCAGCACCUAUUGUACGUGUGGCUGUUGAACCUGUUAACGCAUGUGAUAUCAAUCGUCUGCUAGUAGGUUUAAAGCUCCUUAAUCAAGCUGAUCCUUGUGUUGAAGUAAGAAUUCAGGAAACUGGUGAGCAUGUCAUUAUAGCAGCAGGGGAGGUUCACAUGCAACGUUGUAUUGAUGAUCUUAAGGAGAGGUAUGGUAAGGUAGAAGUGAAUGUUUCCAAGCCCAUUGUUCCUUUCCGAGAAACUAUUGUCCUUCCUCCAAAGCUGGAUAUGGUAAAUGAGAGCAUACAAGAUCAGGGAGAUAAAGAAGAAGUUAAUGAAAUUAUUCAGGUAUCAACUAUAGAUCGACAGUGCCAUCUUCUUUUAAGAGCAGUACCAUUGCCUGGUAAUAUUGCUGAUAUAUUACUUCAAAACCAGCCAAGUCUAAAAGCUCUUGAGGCACUUUCAUCAGCCACUGUAAACAAUCGCUCAGACCAACAGGCUCUCUUUGACAUGACAGAUAGUGCCAAGGAAAAUAUUUUGGUCAUUAAACAACAGUUGAAAGAAGAAUUUGAAAAAGCUGGACCAUUUUGGUGUGGUGCAGAGAAUCAGAUUUGGAGUUUUGGGCCAAGACGUUGUGGUCCCAAUAUAUUACUAAAUCGCAUAGGCCAUUAUAAAAGACCAUCUGUGUGGCAUACAGUGGAAGGUAACCAGUCAGAAACUGGAAAAGUGGCUGACCUGGACAACAGCAUUGUGACAGGUUUCCAAGUGGCCACCAUGGCAGGACCUUUAUGUGAGGAACCCAUGCACGGCGUCUGCAUUGUUGUUGAAGACUGGUGGUAUGGCGACAAGCAGCAACAAACUGACCAAUCAAAAUUACGAAACGUAAACAGCCAAGAGAAUAUCAAAUCCUCAGAGAAUAAUUAUUAUAAUGAAGUAAAUAACAAAGCUGUGAACCAGGCAGGAUCUGCUGCCAAUGAUAAUCAAUCUUCACUGAAUGGGGAUGAUUCUCCUACAGAAAGUUUCACAAAGCAAAAUAACGCUUAUGGACCACUAUCAGGACAGCUGAUUUCAGCAAUGAAAGAGGGUUGUCGAAGAGCAUUCCAAUCACAGCCUCAAAGGCUGAUGGCUGCAAUGUACCAGUGUGAAGUACAGGCCAACAUGGAUGUUCUCGGCAAGCUGCAUGGUGUACUAUCUAAGCGCUUUGGCAACGUGCUGUCUGAUGAGAUGCUAGAAGGCACAGCCAUGUUUAACAUCAAAGCAGUUCUGCCAGUUAUAGAAAGUUUUGGUUUUGCUGAAGAUAUGCGCAAAAAAACAAGUGGUCUUGCAAGCCCUCAGAUGAAAUUCUCACACUGGGAGGUAAUACCUGUAGAUCCUUUCUGGGUACCUACCACAGAAGAAGAAUACUUGCAUUUUGGAGAAAAGGCAGAUGCAGAGAACAGGGCUAGAGUUUACAUGAACAAAGUCCGCAAACGAAAGGGGCUUCCUACAAAUGAAAAACUUGUUGAGUUUGCUGAAAAACAAAGGACUUUGACUAAAAAUAAAUGAAACAAUAAACUAUGGUAGAUUCUACUUUCAUAACUAAAUGUCAAAUGAUCGAAGUCAGUCAUGUCAUUGCCCAGAUAAACUGAAGUUUGACUUGGAUUAAAAAAGUUUUCAAGGAGUUCUGGUUAUGUGAUAACUGCUGUGAGCAAAAAUUCACUUUGAAACCGUAUUUUACUGAUUACCUGCUCCUGACGUAAAAUCCUGAUGAGAUCAGCUGUAGUUGACCUAUUAAAAGAUGCUAUAAGUUAACUGUUUUAUCUACUAUAAGUGUUGAAUUUUUAAAAUAGUGAAAUUCAUGAAAUUAUUUGUGGGUUCAUUAAAAGAGAGUUAUGAAAUACUUUCACUCUCAAUAAAGAUUAUAAAUAAUAAGUAUUUGUAGUUGUACAUUUUACAUUCUUUUUGGUAGGAGGGUUAAUAAAAUGUUAAAUUUUACUUUUUAAUUUUUUAAUGGAUUAUUCACACAUUUUUAUGUAUUUUAUCUGUAAUAAAAUUAUAUAUCAUCAGAUAAAUAAUCUUCGAUAGUCGUUGCACCUUUAUUUCAAUGAUUCUCUCAAAAUAGUUUGAGUUAGUCCAUUAGAAACUGAUUUUACACUGCAUAAAUAAUUAUUGAUAAAAAAAGCACAACCUCUAAUUAAAACACAGUAAUUAUUUUGACAUUAAAGAAAAAGACAACCUUAAUUAGUCAAAGCAGCAUAGAAUUGUAAAAAAAAAAUGUUGUAAAUUAACCUGUCUUAAUUUUAAUACUUUAAAUUGGUUUGAUUUAAAAAUAA